ACAGCCUUUGAAGGUUCCUUUCAAUCCUGCGAUUUUAUGACCUGGUUUCUAAAUCCCCAGUGGAUUAGAAAGGACUGAAGGACUUUUACAGGCUAACAGCAAGAAGAACAAAGUAACUGCAAAAUAUACGGAGAAUUCUUGAAGACAGUAGCUCUUGGUCACCAUAAGUGCUGCAGAGACCCCAAGGUCCAUAUUCUGUUGUAGGUCAGAGCCCAGCACAACAACUCUUCUUCUGGUUCAGCCGCCUAGCGGUUAUGUGGGGUACAGGAAAGAUGAUCCAGCCAUGCAAGAGAGCACCAAUGGUUCUGUGAGGAUUUUACUUCAAAAUACAAAAGCUGGCAGGCUGACAGAGGCGGCCUCAGGACGGACCUUCUGGCUACUGACCGUUUUGCUGUGGUUUUCCCGGAUUGUGUGUAGGUGUGAGAUCAACCAUGAGUUCCGUUGCAGUUUUGACCCAAGAGAGUUUUGCUGAACACCGAAGUGGGCUGGUUCCGCAACAAAUCAAAGUUGCCACUCUAAAUUCAGAAGAGGAGAGCGACCCUCCAACCUACAAGGAUGCCUUCCCUCCACUUCCUGAGAAAGCUGCUUGCCUGGAAAGUGCCCAGGAACCCGCUGGAGCCUGGGGGAACAAGAUCCGACCCAUCAAGGCUUCUGUCAUCACUCAGGUGUUCCAUGUACCCCUGGAGGAGAGAAAAUACAAGGAUAUGAACCAGUUUGGAGAAGGUGAACAAGCAAAAAUCUGCCUUGAGAUCAUGCAGAGAACCGGUGCUCACUUGGAGCUGUCUUUGGCCAAAGACCAAGGCCUCUCCAUCAUGGUGUCAGGAAAGCUGGAUGCUGUCAUGAAAGCUCGGAAGGACAUUGUUGCUAGACUGCAGACUCAGGCCUCAGCAACUGUUGCCAUUCCCAAAGAACACCAUCGCUUUGUUAUUGGCAAAAAUGGAGAGAAACUGCAAGACUUGGAGCUAAAAACUGCAACCAAAAUCCAGAUCCCACGCCCAGAUGACCCCAGCAAUCAGAUCAAGAUCACUGGCACCAAAGAGGGCAUCGAGAAAGCUCGCCAUGAAGUCUUACUCAUCUCUGCCGAGCAGGACAAACGUGCUGUGGAGAGGCUAGAAGUAGAAAAGGCAUUCCACCCCUUCAUCGCUGGGCCGUAUAAUAGACUGGUUGGCGAGAUCAUGCAGGAGACAGGCACGCGCAUCAACAUCCCCCCACCCAGCGUGAACCGGACAGAGAUUGUCUUCACUGGAGAGAAGGAACAGUUGGCUCAGGCUGUGGCUCGCAUCAAGAAGAUUUAUGAGGAGAAGAAAAAGAAGACUACAACCAUUGCAGUGGAAGUGAAGAAAUCCCAACACAAGUAUGUCAUCGGGCCCAAGGGCAAUUCAUUGCAGGAGAUCCUUGAGAGAACUGGAGUUUCCGUUGAGAUCCCACCCUCAGACAGCAUCUCUGAGACUGUAAUACUUCGAGGCGAACCUGAAAAGUUAGGUCAGGCGUUGACUGAAGUCUAUGCCAAGGCCAAUAGUUUCACCGUCUCCUCUGUCGCCGCCCCUUCCUGGCUUCACCGUUUCAUCAUUGGCAAGAAAGGGCAGAACCUGGCCAAAAUCACUCAGCAGAUGCCAAAGGUUCACAUCGAGUUCACAGAGGGCGAAGACAAGAUCACCCUGGAGGGCCCUACAGAGGAUGUCAAUGUGGCCCAGGAACAGAUAGAAGGCAUGGUCAAAGAUUUGAUUAACCGGAUGGACUAUGUGGAGAUCAACAUCGACCACAAGUUCCACAGGCACCUCAUUGGGAAGAGCGGCGCCAACAUAAACAGAAUCAAAGACCAGUACAAGGUGUCCGUGCGCAUCCCUCCUGACAGUGAGAAGAGCAAUUUGAUCCGCAUCGAGGGGGACCCACAGGGCGUGCAGCAGGCCAAGCGAGAGCUGCUGGAGCUUGCAUCUCGCAUGGAAAAUGAGCGUACCAAGGAUCUAAUCAUUGAGCAAAGAUUUCAUCGCACAAUCAUUGGGCAGAAGGGUGAACGGAUCCGUGAAAUUCGUGACAAAUUCCCAGAGGUCAUCAUCAACUUUCCAGACCCAGCACAAAAAAGUGACAUUGUCCAGCUCAGAGGACCUAAGAAUGAGGUGGAAAAAUGCACAAAAUACAUGCAGAAGAUGGUGGCAGAUCUGGUGGAAAAUAGCUAUUCAAUUUCUGUUCCGAUCUUCAAACAGUUUCACAAGAAUAUCAUUGGGAAAGGAGGCGCAAACAUUAAAAAGAUUCGUGAAGAAAGCAACACCAAAAUCGACCUUCCAGCAGAGAAUAGCAAUUCAGAGACCAUUAUCAUCACAGGCAAGCGAGCCAACUGCGAAGCUGCCCGGAGCAGGAUUCUGUCUAUUCAGAAAGACCUGGCCAACAUAGCCGAGGUAGAGGUCUCCAUCCCUGCCAAGCUGCACAACUCCCUCAUUGGCACCAAGGGCCGUCUGAUCCGCUCCAUCAUGGAGGAGUGCGGCGGGGUCCACAUUCACUUUCCCGUGGAAGGUUCAGGAAGCGACACCGUUGUUAUCAGGGGCCCUUCUUCGGAUGUGGAGAAGGCCAAGAAGCAGCUCCUGCAUCUGGCGGAGGAGAAGCAAACCAAGAGUUUCACUGUUGACAUCCGCGCCAAGCCAGAAUACCACAAAUUCCUCAUCGGCAAGGGGGGCGGCAAAAUCCGCAAGGUGCGCGACAGCACUGGAGCACGUGUCAUCUUCCCUGCGGCUGAGGACAAGGACCAGGACCUGAUCACCAUCAUCGGAAAGGAGGACGCCGUCCGAGAGGCACAGAAGGAGCUGGAGGCCUUGAUCCAAAACCUGGAUAAUGUGGUGGAAGACUCCAUGCUGGUGGACCCCAAGCACCACCGCCACUUCGUCAUCCGCAGAGGCCAGGUCUUGCGGGAGAUUGCUGAAGAGUAUGGCGGGGUGAUGGUCAGCUUCCCACGCUCUGGCACACAGAGCGACAAAGUCACCCUCAAGGGCGCCAAGGACUGUGUGGAGGCAGCCAAGAAACGCAUUCAGGAGAUCAUUGAGGACCUGGAAGCUCAGGUGACAUUAGAAUGUGCUAUACCCCAGAAAUUCCAUCGAUCUGUCAUGGGCCCCAAAGGUUCCAGAAUCCAGCAGAUUACUCGGGAUUUCAGUGUUCAAAUUAAAUUCCCAGACAGAGAGGAGAACGCAGUUCACAGUACAGAGCCAGUUGUCCAGGAGAAUGGGGACGAAGCUGGGGAGGGGAGAGAGGCUAAAGAUUCUGACCCCGGCUCUCCAAGGAGGUGUGACAUCAUCAUCAUCUCUGGCCGGAAAGAAAAGUGUGAGGCUGCCAAGGAAGCUCUGGAGGCAUUGGUUCCUGUCACUAUUGAAGUAGAGGUGCCCUUUGACCUUCACCGUUACGUUAUUGGGCAGAAAGGAAGUGGGAUCCGCAAGAUGAUGGAUGAGUUUGAGGUGAACAUACAUGUCCCGGCACCUGAGCUGCAGUCUGACAUCAUCGCCAUCACGGGCCUCGCUGCAAAUUUGGACCGGGCCAAGGCUGGACUGCUGGAGCGUGUGAAGGAGCUACAGGCCGAGCAGGAGGACCGGGCUUUAAGGAGUUUUAAGCUGAGUGUCACUGUAGACCCCAAAUACCAUCCCAAGAUUAUCGGGAGAAAGGGGGCAGUAAUUACCCAAAUCCGGUUGGAGCAUGACGUAAACAUCCAGUUUCCUGAUAAGGACGAUGGGAGCCAGCCCCAGGACCAAAUUACCAUCACAGGGUACGAAAAGAACACAGAAGCUGCCAGGGACGCUAUACUGAGAAUUGUGGGUGAACUUGAGCAGAUGGUUUCUGAGGACGUCCCACUGGACCACCGUGUUCACGCCCGCAUCAUUGGUGCCCGCGGCAAAGCCAUUCGCAAAAUCAUGGACGAAUUCAAGGUGGACAUUCGCUUCCCACAGAGCGGAGCCCCAGACCCCAACUGCGUCACUGUGACGGGGCUCCCAGAGAAUGUGGAGGAAGCCAUCGACCACAUCCUCAACCUGGAGGAGGAAUACCUAGCUGACGUGGUGGACAGUGAGGCGCUGCAGGUAUACAUGAAACCCCCAGCACACGAAGAGGCCAAGGCACCUUCCAGAGGCUUUGUGGUGCGGGACGCACCCUGGACCGCCAGCAGCAGUGAGAAGGCUCCUGACAUGAGCAGCUCUGAGGAAUUUCCCAGCUUUGGGGCUCAGGUGGCUCCCAAGACCCUCCCUUGGGGCCCCAAACGAUAAUGAUCAAAAAGAACAGAACCCUCUCCAGCCUGCUGACCCGAACCCAACCACACAAUGGUUUGUCUCAAUCUGACCCAGCGGCUGGACCCUCCGUAAAUUGUUGACGCUCUUCCCCCUUCCCGAGGUCCCACAGGGAGCCUAGCUCCUGGCUCUGUGUGCGGCCGCUCCUCCAGGCCUGGCCGUGCCCGCUCAGGACCUGCUCCACUGUUUAACACUAAACCAAGGUCAUGAGCAUUCGUGCUAAGAUAACAGACUCCAGCUCCUGGUCCACCCGGCAUGUCAGUCAGCACUCUGGCCUUCAUCACGAGAGCUCCGCAGCCGUGGCUAGGAUUCCACUUCCUGUGUCAUGACCUCAGGAAAUAAACGUCCUUGACUUUAUAAAAGCCAAA